GGAGCCGUCUGAAAAGAGCGAGGCUGGUUGCAACUUCACUCACAACCUCCCCUUCGUGCCUGCCUCCCGCACAUACACCCACACACCACUCAGAGCCAGCGAAAAUGUCGGAUCAAUCGGCUUUCGAUACGGACGUAUGGACGCUUACCCGCUUCGUCAUGGAGACGGGCCGGCAGGCUAAGGGAGCGACCGGCGAGCUCACCCAGUUGAUCAAUUCCAUGCUGACGGCCAUCAAGGCCAUCUCCUCAGCCGUCAGGAAGGCGGGUCUCGCUCACCUACAGGGCCUUGCUGGCUCAGUGAAUGUUACUGGGGAUGACGUGAAGAAACUGGACGUCCUAUCCAAUGACCUGGUCAUCAACAUGCUGCGAUCCUCGUACAGCACCUGUGUGAUGGUCUCAGAGGAAAACAAGGAUGCAAUUAUCGUACCAGCUGAGAAGAGGGGCAAAUAUGUUGUCUGCUUUGACCCGCUGGAUGGUUCCUCCAACAUAGACUGCUUGGCAUCCAUAGGCACAAUUUUUGCCAUUUACAAAAGAAUCGAUGAGACAUCCGAGGGCGAACCAACUGAGAAAGAUGCCCUGCAACAAGGCAACAAGAUUGUGUGCGCUGGCUACGCGCUGUACGGCAGUGCCACGCUGGUUGCGAUUAGCACUGGCGCUGGAGUGAACUUCUUCAUGCUGGAUCCGGCUUUGGGGGAGUUCAUUCUCACAGAGAAAAAUGUGAAGAUCAAGAAUCGGGGCAAGAUAUACAGCCUUAACGAAGGCUAUGCCAAGUAUUUUGAUCCUGCUCUGACUGAGUACUUAAAACACAAGAAGUUCCCUGAGGAUGGUAGUGCCCCCUAUGGAGCUAGAUAUGUGGGAUCAAUGGUGGCUGACAUUCACCGCACAAUUGCAUAUGGAGGAAUCUUCAUGUACCCAGCCAAUGAGAAGAGUCCAAAAGGAAAGCUGAGGCUGCUGUACGAGUGUAACCCCAUCGCGUUCAUCAUCGAGCAAGCGGGCGGCAUUGCAACGACCGGGACGCAGCGCAUUCUGGACGUGCAACCUGAGGCCAUCCACCAGCGUGUGCCCUUCUUCGUGGGCUCCCCGGAAGACGUGGAAGAGUACCUGUCCUUCGUCAAGAAGCAUACGAAAUAGCAACUCGCUGAGCCACACUGUUCCCAGAUCAGUAAAGUCAAGGAUCCCGAGUAGUCCAUAGUUACCAUUAAAUGCCUGGCAAAUUCCCCAAGGAAUGGUAAAUCCAAAAGAAGUGAAGCGAGUGUUGAAGUUCAGUGAGUUUUUGAGUCUGAUCAUGAGUAAAAAGAAAGAUAAAUGCAGAACAAUGUAUCAUGUUAGAAAGCAUUGAUUGUUCUUUUCUAUGAAAAGCACAAUAAUAAAAACUGACUUCGCACUCCUUGGCUAAGGACGAAAA